AGUUCUUAAAACCCACCCGAACAAAAACAAGUAAUAAAAACCAUUAUAUUCUCAAUUCAUUGAAAUAGAUUUACAAUAAACAUGGUGAUUACAAUGGAUACUUUUUGCAUCGCUGACAUGAGAAUUUUAUGCUAAUGGUUUACGUCGGAACUACAUUUCCCAGAAGGUACUACAAUCUUAUUGACUGUUUUGAGAGGAGAGGAGAGCGCUUUCAACUCUCCUCAUUUAUAGCCAGCAGGAACACAUCGUUGGGGAUUUUUAUUUUAUUUAUAUCGUCUUUAGCUGGACCAUAACGAUUUGUUGUAUAACUAUCAGUUUCAAAGUAAUAUUUAAAAAUAUAUAUAUUCAUUGUCACUGGACCAAUAGCUAACAGCUUGUGCUAACUAGCUUGCUUCACGGCUUAGCUAGGUCGGUGAGCCUAGUUAGUUACUAAAAUACCAACACAUUGUUUUUAGUAUGAGUUUUUUUAAUGAGUUAUUUGAUACUGAUAACUAGCUAGAUAACAGAUAUUGCGCGAUUUCAAAACAAAUCCAUCUACUUGAAUCAAAAGAGAGGUUAACUAACUAGCCAUUGUGCGCAUCGAGGAAAUUGCAACAAAGAAAACGUUUUUAGUUUUGCUGGAUCAGCUGGCUCGCUAGGUUGCUAGCUGUGUUGUAAACGACGACGUUCCCGGCUAAACGGUAGCAAUAUUAACUAGUUGGCUGUCUUGCCAUGGCGCAACAUGGUCCUGUUCACGUAGCAAGCUCACAAAAAGCAUUAAUGCUAGAAAUGAAGAGCCUUCAAGAGGAGCCAGUCGAAGGCUUCAAAAUAACAUUGGUCGAUGAAGCAGAUCUCUACAAUUGGGAAGUGGCCAUUUUUGGACCUCCUAACACUCACUAUGAAGGGGGCUAUUUCAAGGCUCGUAUCAAGUUCCCCGUUGACUACCCCUACUCGCCACCUGCCUUCCGUUUCCUCACCAAGAUGUGGCACCCCAACAUCUAUGAGAAUGGGGACGUGUGUAUAUCCAUUCUGCACCCUCCAGUUGAUGACCCUCAGAGUGGGGAGCUGCCAUCUGAGAGGUGGAACCCUACCCAGAACGUCAGGACCAUCCUUCUGAGUGUGAUCUCUCUGCUGAACGAGCCCAACACCUCCUCCCCGGCCAACGUGGACGCCUCCGUCAUGUACCGCAAGUGGAGGGACAGCAGGGACAGGGAGUACAGCGAGAUAAUCAGGAAGCAGGUAUUGGCCACUAAGGCUGAAGCGGAGCGCGACGGGGUGAAGGUCCCCACAACACUGGCCGAAUACUGUGUCCGCACACGCGCCCCGCCCCCCGACGAGGGCUCCGACCUCUUCUACGACGAUUACUAUGACGACGAGGAUCUGGAGGACGAAGACGAGGACGACUGCUGCUAUGAUGAAGACGACUCUGGGACGGAGGAGUCGUGACACGUCUUACCUGGGAACCUGGAUGGCUGACGCGUGCGUUCCCUGAACUCUCCUCCCGUAAGGAGAGACUAUUCAGGAAGGACUACUUCACAUAUUUUAAACCUCUCACUUUUUCUAUCCUCAGAAUCCAAGCACACUGUCAUCUGUGCUAAGUCUGCACCUGUUAUUUGCAGGAAGUAUUGACUAAAAUGAAACUAAACUCGACGUGCUACCUUAUGACCCUGUUUGACUAUCUGCAAAAACCAGGUGUAACCACUUGGUAAAUCAGGCACAUGAGUUGGCAGCCUCCUAGUUCACUCACACCUAUAGUCAGAAAGUGACUGACGACUUCACCUGUCAUGGUGUCUGUGUGAGCGACACGCCACUGAACUUACAGCAGAACUUAUGUAUCUCCAAGAUGAGGUUCUGUCUGGCUUCACUCCUCCCUUACAUUUUUGUGCGAGGGGAAAACUGACUGUCAACAUGGUGUGUCUGCAUGUCAGACAUCUUGUACACAAUCAUACAUGCCGGAAUACUGGUUUGAUUGAAUUUAGAAAAAAAAAAUUGUGAUCAUGGUGACACCAGUGACUGUCUGGUGGAUCCCAGGAUGCACUUGAGCUGCGGGCCAAACCCAGUUUGAAUGUUUUAGCAGCGUUUCAACAACAUUUUGCUGGCCUAGCCAUACCUGUCUGAGGUGUUUUUCUGUUUGAGAGUGGAGUGAGUGAUUCUAAAGCACUCAAUGUAAUGUUGUCGUGGCAACUGGUUCUCCUGCAUCUGGACAGAAUUCUCUGAGACCCAUACCUUUCUCCUCAAGGUUCUCCUCUGCAGAGGAUGAUGGAGCCAGAGACAAGUCUUUGGUGUAGCCCAGCAACUGUAUGGGGGGGUGCUUUAUGGGAUUAGCGGAAUUAUUUGCUGUUUCCUGUUUUUAUUCUCCUUUCAUUGAGAAUUAUGCCAGUAGUCUUUGUUAGAGAAUGAUUUAAAAUGUCCUUGGGUCAUGGAGUCGAUCUUUGUGGUUUUCUGUAGGAAGAUUGUGUAUCUCUGUUGAAAAUAUGUUGUGGCAGUAUCAGUCAGCAAGCCUCGGGAAUUGGGGAAAGAAAAUGGCUGCCACUUUUGUUUUUACUUUUGUGUUUGCAAGUGGAGGGUGCUAUCAUGGAUCUCCAAGUAGAG